GUGAUGUUCUUCGGGUUGGCAAUGAUAUUGCUAUGGCUAAUUUGUGAUGGUACAUGUGCAGUGAUUAAUGGUUCGUCCUUUCAACAUACAGUAUUGCGACGACAAGUUAGUACUACAAGGGACCUGACAGUUCGGAAUCCGCCUUCGUCUUCUCAUGCCGUUACUGAUUUGACAAACUGUUUUAACGAGUGUCACCAUUCCAUUCAGUGUUCCUCUGUGUUUUUCGAUGAAGAUAGCUCCAACUGUUCUAUGUUUAGCGGUACCAGUGAAGUGGAUGGAUUUGAAGACUACCAGCAAUAUUUCACCGUUGUCAACAAAACCUUUCCUGCAGAUUUUAUCGACCGUGCAAAUCGUCUGUGCUCUGGAAAUAAUUCAGGAUAUGUCUUUGAUGCUGCCGUCCCAAUUUGUUACAAAAUCGACACGAUACCAAGAACAAAGACGGAAGCUGUCGAUUUUUGUCAGGAAUCUGGAGGUCACCUACUUAGAAUAAAAACCGACAAAAAACAAAAAAUUGUGGAGGAUCUGACAUUAGAAGAGACAGGUUCUAUACAGAAAUACCGUAUUGACGGUGAGAAAAUUGAUGAAGAAUGGAAAUUCUCUAAUGGUGAACGCAUUACACAGCUUCAUUGGUACCCCGGGCAACCAAUGGGACACAACGCUAUUGCCUUGAGAGUUGAACACAGACGAAAAUGGGAUGAUAUAAAAACAAACAAUAAUCAUGGAUGUAUAUGUGAAAAAGACAUAGAAUAAAGAAAACACUAUU